AGAAGCUUGUGCUAGAUUGUCUUUCUAGCCAGUAGCGAGAGUCCAUCGAGCAGCUGUGUGUUGAGGUCUGUGUCUGAGUGUCUCUCAAGUGGUGCCCACGCUAUCAAUUAUCAAAUCUUCCUAAAUUAUGCGUCCGCACGUCUAGUAUGCGGCAGACCUGUGAAAAACAAGUUUCUAUUGCUCUUCUACUCGGACGCGUCGGAGGAAGGUCAAAAGUAAGUAUACCAUGUCGGCUGCAUCCGUGCGGGCGUUGCGGGUGCCCCAGGAAGGAGCUUUCUGUACCUCCGGAGCAUCGCCUAUGGGAGUGUCAGGAUCGAAAUCGACCAAGUCGAAAAAUAUGUAAUGCAUAAAAUGCAGGGUACAUAAGGCCUGUGUUGGAGAGGAGGCAAAUGAGUCCGAUUGCAAGCCUGUUUAUCCCUAAACAUGUACUGCCAGAGUAGCAGCGUGACAGAUUGGAUUUUGGUGCUCCCAAAAUUUGUCAUGCGCCAGUUGGAAACUGAGGCUCCAACUGGUAUCGAUUUUAUGCAUCACAAAUUAUUUCGAUUUUGUUGAUUUCGAUCCUGACGCUUCCAUAUCCCCGUUCCAACUCGGCGAGCUCGACGAGAACCAGCGGUAUGACCGCAGUUGCGAACUCAAAACCGGCCGUAUUACAAUGAAAAAUGCCCCCACCCCCAGCUUGGCAGCAUUUGUAGUGCAGACCUUUCCAACAGAAACAUUCCCCGUCUUGCAUAUCUCAGCAUGACAAAUUGUCCAUGCUGAAUAGGUCAAAUUUGUGUUGCGAAGUAGCCUAACAGCAGCCGGAUCUGUUAUGCACAAGGCACCUUGAUGCGCACCCAGAUUCUGCAUCAGAAACGCUCGCAAUCCUUUCAUGCAUAGAUAAAAAGUUCUUCAUUUGAAAACCUUAUGCGUGACAAACUUCUGCAAAUUCCUGGGUGGGGGCAUUUUUCAUCGUAAUAGGCCGGUUUCUGCGUCGCGGGCAGGCGGAGCUGGUGAGCUCGCAAGUCUGCUUCCGCCGGGACCUGGGGAUUGCGACCUUCACCAUGCUCUGCAUCGCAAAUAUGUCUCGAUCGGGAAAAUAUGGAAUUUGUGAUGCUAGCUUUCGAUUAUACAAAAACCUGUAUUGCAUGACCAGCAGAAGCUGUUCAGACCUUUUCCAAAGCUGUUCAGACCUUUUCUCAUGCAGGACAGGCAUGAGCAAGCCUUCGCGAUGAAGCCUGUGAUGCUAGAGCAUGCAUCAGUGACAUUGCAGGCCCUGUAAAAUCUGCAUGAGAAACUCCCCGAAUCUUCCAGACCCAGACAUUUUUGCAUUUGAUACAUGCCCGCGCCCUGUGCUCACGUGUAUGACCGGCUGCCGAUAGAGGUAUAAUUUGUUGAUGGGAAGUGUUGGUGUAAAUUUGUCAUGCUGGAAUGCACAACAAGAGGUAUUUGUCAUGCCAAAUUUGCACAACAUCUAAGGUCCGCCCGGAUUUCUUCAAGCUGUACCAGCGGAUCAAAAACCCAGUGGAGUCUGCGCAGGCGUUAUCCGGGGACAACUAUGUUGAACAACCUCACGACACCUUUUCCUCCGAGGUGAUGGUGGCCAUGCUGCUGAUAUGCUGUGCAAAAGUAUCGUAUUCGUAUUGCAAUCAUGCAUUACAUAUCUUUUUGUUAAGUCAAAUCCGCAUCACAAAUUUCAUUUUUCAUCCUGCGGAAAUUUGUAAUGCAUUUAUACGAGUGCGAUACUUUUUCAAUGCAUAGCUGACCAAGCGUCCCCCGGGGAAAGCCAGUACUUCGCACAGCGGGCGGGCGCGCGGGGGGAGUAGUGGUAGUGGUAGUGGUAGUGGAGGAGUGGUGCAGCAGGUUGCAAAUAUGUCGAAUUCUUGUUCCACCAGUUGUACCAAUGCAUCCGGUAUCAACUGCAAAAAUGUCUAGGUCUGGAACGUUGCAAGACUUGUCAUGCAGAUUUUCCAUGACCUAUGAGGUAGAGGUCUGGAAUGCGAGACCCAGCAUGACAGACUCUUUGAGGUCUCUGUCAUGUCUUUCCUGCACGAGAAACUCCCUCUCAACUCGGUCAAAAGCGGACAGCUUUUGGUACUCACGCAACACAGAUUUUUGCAUGAUUCAGAUUUAGCAUAACAGGUUUUAUUCUUCCAGACCCAGACAUAUUUGCGAUGCAUAUCCGGCAAGACGACCUCCUCGAUGAAACCGCUGAUCACCCUCCCGGCCCGGCAGUUGCAGCCGAACAUGAAGCGGCUCUCGAUUCAACUGGACUUAUGGACCGCAAAUAUGUCUCGGUCUGGAUGAAUGGAAGGUUGGUCAUGCACAUUUUGCAUGACCCAUGAUGUCUGUGAUGUAUGCUCGAGCAUGACAGGUUUUGUGAGGGCUUCCUAAUGUUGCCUAUACCGCAUGAGAAAUGCACCCUCCGCGUAGCAGCUACUGGACUCCCCUCGCUGCCCAUGCAAAAAUACAGGUUUUUUCUAGAAUCGAAAGGCAGCAUCACAAGUUGCAUCCUUCCAGACAUCCAGAGAGAUUUGCACUCCAUAGGACUCCCAGGCGUACUACUCCUGUUGCAAAGUCGACAAAAUCUGCCCGGAACUGGAAUUGGCCAACUGGGUCGAGUAUGCAUUGCAAAUAUGUCUGGGUCUGGAAGAACGCAACUUGUGAUGCUAAUUCUGGAUAGUGCGAAAAUCUGUGUUGCAAUCUUACCAAAAGCUGUCCACUUCUGACCAAGCUGAGAGGGAGUUUCUCAGGCAGACGAGGCAUGAUAGAGGUCGGGGAGAAUCUGUCAUGCUGGGUCAUGUAUGACAGACCUCACGCGCCAUGGAAAACCUGCAUGACAAGUCUUCCAACCUUCCAGACCCAGACAUAUUUGCAGUUGAUAUCGAGAUUAUCAAGACGUUCUCCGUCGAGCACGGCCGGUUCGGCAAGUCCGCAAGGCGGCAGGGCCCACACGUCAGGCGGAUUUCCUUCGACGGACCGGACUUGGACAAAGUGACCACGGAGCAGCGGAGAUUGUUGUCCACUGCGGACCACGAGGAAGCUCUCCGGCGCGACUGGACCCGGAUCUGCAACGGGAAGCUGAUGCAGGUGCGGACGGAGAAAGCGGCAAUUGCGCGGAAGAAAAUUUUAUGGAUUGUAAAAAUGUCUGGGUCUGGAAGAAUGGAAGGUCUGUCAUGCUGUGCUAGCAUGACCCCAAAGUCUGUCAUGCUCGUUACCCAAAUGCCCCACUUUUCUGUCAUGCAUAAACGCGGUUUGUCAUGCAGAAUACGCAACAUCUAGCAAGGUAGAAACUUGUCAUGCUGAGCAGUCACUUGUGGCGUCCUCAGGAUUCGCCAACCAGCAUCACAAGUUUCCAGACCCAGACAUUUUUGCAAUGCAUAAGUUUUUGGGGUCUCGCGCGACGAGGUGGAACAAUUGGAAGCUGUAACUGUGGCAGAGAUGAAGAAGAACUCAGCAAAUGACGAUCACCGAUUUUUUUCUGCCGGUGCCUCCAGCGGUUUUCGGUCGACCGCGCUCGCCAGCCAGCAGUCCACCAGAGGAGGAGGAGGAUUACUGGGGGCAGGAAGCGGCACAAAUACGUUUCCUCCAUCUUCCUCUUUGCACGACCAGCUGGCCGCGGCGCUGUCGCUUUCCCCAACAUCUAAAUCCACUUCCACUCCGAAGAUGAUGAACUGGUUCUCAUCCUCAUCCGCGAAUUUUUCAACAGCUUCUCCCACCACUGCAAAGAGAUUUAUUUCCCACCAGCAGCCUGCUAUCAUCACCCCGCAGGACCCGCGUUGGAUGGCGUGCGCUUGUCUAGUUCACCCUGCGAUCGUAUCAAAUGCAAAAAUGUCUGGGUCUGGGAGAUUGCGAGAUUUGUCAUGCUAGUCUGGCAUGACUCUGAAUCCUGUGUUGCAUGGCCGCGAAGAGCUCCUCCCCCCUGUCAUGCAAAAACGCAGUUUGUCAUGCGGAAUACGCGACUCAGAACCACGAAAAAAACUUGUCAUGCUUGGCAGCGCAUCAUAGUGAGUUCACUAUUCCCUUUCUUGCAUCACAAGUUUAUUCAAGACCCAGACAUAUUUGCAAUGCAUAGAUCGAAAUCCUCGACUGUACGGGCGUGGCUCUGAAGAAGGACUAUCGCAUGCAAAUGUGUCUGGGUCUGCAAACUUGUGAUGCUAGUUUUUGAAUUGCGGGCACAUUGCAAUACGCAGCUACGCAUGACAAGUUUUUGAGCUACUAAUAUGUGUCUCGCUUUCCGCAUGGCAAACUGCAUUUUUUCGUGACAGGCAAUAGAAGGGUAGUUCUUUCUUGCUUCAUCUGCAUUACAGAUUUAAGGGGCAUGUGAGACAAGCACGACAAAUUUGCACUCUUUCAGACUCAGAUGUACUUGCACUGGAUAAGGACUCGCUGUGUUUGAUUUCUGUCUUGAGACACCUACACACACUGAUUUUGGACAAGAAUCUAUCCAGGAAAAAAACUGUGUAAGUGUAACUUUGUAGGAAAAACAGCAUCACAAGUUCGUUUUGCAUUACAGGGAAAAUCUGUCAUGCGCAGCUAGCACGUGGAAACACGCAUGAAAGUUGCCUGUGAUGCACACCCACCAUGACAAGCGUAUGCCCUUUUGCAUUUCCUGCAUCACAGACUGACACUUACACGCUUUUUUUCUUGCAUAGAAUCCACUCCUGGUUGCGGAAGACCUCCCCUGUCUGGCGGAGAUUGAACAAUUGGAAAAGCUCGAGGUCUCCUACUGCCACAAUCUGACAACUUUGAACACCUUGAGUAAGUGCCCCAUGCUGCGGGAGGUCGUGGCGCGGUGCUGCGACCGACUGGGUUGGGAGAGGAGAGCUGGUGGAAGUUUCGGGGGUGGUGCGUACGGUUCUUCGCAGUUGGGACGAGGGGGUGUUGGUGCGAGAAGUGGCGCUAUGGCAAAAACGUUUGGGGACGGCUUUGGAGGUAGUGUUCGUUUUCUCAUCUUGAAAAUAUUGUUGUGCUGUUGUGCAUAUUAAGCAUAAGGUUGGCUACGAGAAACAGAAUGAAAGUCACAUGUUUAUUUUCGAUGAAAUUCUCAACAGGCCGUGGUGGUCACCACCCGGGCGAUUCAACAUCCGUCUCGCACCGUCCGGAAUCGGCCGCGUCGUCGGAGGAAGGCAUGAUUGACGUGGUCACGUUUAACCAGAACGUAUCCUACGCCGGAUAUCGCGAGGAAAAAUGCCCCCACCCCCAAAGUUGCAAAAAUUUGUGAUGCAAAGUUUCCAAAUGAAAACUUUUUUUCAUGCAUGAAAGAAGUAUGAACCUUUCUGAUGCAGAGUCUAGGUGUGUGUUGUCGCAUCGCUUGCAUGACAAGCGCCGCUCUUGCUGGGAUCUUUUGCAAUACAAAUGUUUGCUAUUCACGAGCGGAAAGCUGUGAUGCUGAUAGAUGCAAGAGGGCGAGCGUUUCAUUUGGAAAGGUUUCUUUGCAAUACAAAUGCUCCCAAGUUCGGGGGUGGGGGCAUUUUUCAUCGUAAUACCGGAGGAAAAUUGUCUAUCGACACAGACCCGGAGAAGGAGAAUGAUGUACGGUUUGCGGACCAGUUAUCGUCUAGUUUGAAGACGGGGAAGAUAACUACUUCUUUUAAUGGAAAUAAAGGGGGUAAAAUAUUAAACGCGAUCAGCAGCAAGCAGCAUGAUGCAAGCGAAGCCCAUGUGGUCGGUCAUCCUGCGACAAAAACUACAAGCGGACCAACACCAUCUGUCCGCCUGGCGGAGAGCCCGAUAUCGUAAGGAAAAAAUCCCCCCUCCCCAUAUCGAAAAGGCACACCGCAGAAAAUUUGCCAUGCUGAUUGGUGACCACAAAUCGUCUCUGUGUUGCAAGCAGGCAACCCCACAGGCCCCGCAGCAUUAGGUAGGCGGUUUGUGAUGCUACUGGGCCUACAGCAUGGACGUUUUUCAUGCUAAGCACCUAGGCAAGCACGUCUCUCCUCGAGCUUGAUAUGGGCUUGCAGUCCCCUACUGCAAGAGUGAUCCGAUUUGUGUAAGCAAAUCCAGCAUCAGAAACUUCGUUUCGAUAUGGGGAGGGGGGGUUUUUCCUUUUGAUACCCGAAAAAGAACAACCCCAGGCGGUGGUGGGAUCAGGAGCUGAGCAAGGAGGCACAGGACCGCGCGCUAUCACACAGAAAAAAGCCGGCAGGUCACAUUUGUGAUGCAAAAGUAAAUACACAAAAAAACCUGCAUUGCAUAUCGUAAACAGCAUGCUAUGGGGCCGCCCAUGACAGAUUUAUCUGUUUAUUCAUUUUUGCAGUACAAAUCUGCCCUGCUUGCUUUUUUCUGUGGGAUACGCGCUGGUCGAAAAAUAUGUUCGCGGAGAAACGCUGUUAGAGCUUGCUGACAGUACUUCGAGCGCUGGUCAGUUUGGUGAUGCAGUAGACCUCCAUCAGCCGAGCGGAACAACUAAAACCUUGAGCAAGGGACUUUUCUCAACCGCAUCGGACCUUCACAUCCCGGACUCAUCUUCCAAUUUGGUCCAGCAGCAGCACAGCACGGCGUCGGCAGUGAGCAUGAAGCAGCAGGUGGUGAAGGCGGUCAAAAUCCAACCACCACUCUUAUGGCGUUCUCAACUGUUACAUUCUCAACUGUUACAUGGGUUUGUGAUGCAAGAGCCGCAACAGUGAAAGGGGUAAGCUUGCAACUCUCGCAUCACAAAUUCGGCACAGAUUUAGGCGCCGUUUAGCCCUUCGGGGAUUUGUCAUGCGAGGUAGCUUGAUCGUCUGGUGGCUCAUGGUAAUUUUGCAUGACAAACCAUGUAACAGUUGAGAAUGUAACGUUUGAGAACGCCACCACUUUCCAGGUCGGAAAGCAAACUCGGAGCGAAUGCGGCAGGGACGACGAAUAAUUUCAAUUUUAUGGCGAAUAAUAACAUGACAGGCAGCACAUCAGCGACAGCACCGCACCAGGAAAUAAACGAGCAGCACGAGAAACUUUUACUGGACAGCAAAACCGUGAAGAUUCUGAAUGUGGAAGACUGUCCGGAACUCGAAAUCGUGCGGAUGAACACGGUCGUCGAAACUCUCGACCUUUCGUAUUUACCGAAAGUCCGGCAGCUCACCGCGAACUUCAAAUGCCUCCGGCAACUGGAUUUGAGUUUCUGUGGCGCUCUGAAGGAACUGAAUUACACGACCGUUUUCGAGGCCGCGCCGUUACUGAAAAUCGUCAACGCGGCGCACUGCGAUAAUCUCACGGCCGUGAACGUGCAGCAAGCACCGUGUUUGGAAGUUCUGCACUUGGCGCACUGCCAAAAGCUGCGGACCUUGGGGGAAAACUUGUUUCCGGCUGGAUUGAAGUUCGUGGACUGCUACUGCUGUUUCGCCCUGCAAGAAACCGAGAUCGCGAAGGUCUACGCGGAUAUCGGCGCCGCGUUUUACAAUUUCGGGGCCGGCGGUCGGGCGGGGUCCGCGCGAGGGGGAAGAGGAGCAGGAGGACAGCACGCACUGAAGGAAGGGUCCAAGGAAAGCAGCAUGAGCCACGCGACGUCAGCCGGUACCAGCAAUGUGCUGAAUAAAGGCGCCGGGGGAAGUGUGGCGGGGAAGAAGACGUCGUCCAGCGCGGGGGGAAGCGAGGAGGACGAUCACGCGGUGGAUGUGUUGGGCAGCUUGGAUGUGGUAUUGCUGGAGGAAGUGCCGAGUCGGGCGCGGAAGGGCAGUAUCAAAUGCAAAAAUGUCUGGGUCGUUGGGAAGGAAGGAACUAGUGAUGCGUCCCGUGGGUCUUACAAAAAUCUGUGUUGCGUGAUCACCAAAAGUUGUCCUUUUUUGACCAACAUGAGCGGGAGUUUCUCCUGCAGGAUAGGCAUGAUAGAGACUACUUCGCAGAAUCAAUCUGUCAUGCUAGGUCCUGCGUUCCAGAUGUCAUGGGGCAUGGAAAAUAUGCAUGACAAGUCUGCAUUCUUCCAGACCCAGACACUUUUGCAUUUGAUAGGCAGUUUGUGUCGGCUUUUGGACGCUUGGCAGGAAUCCGAUCUGCAAGGGCGUAUCCUGUGCAAAAGUAUCGUACCCGUAUUGCAAUCAUGCAUUACAAAUCUUGUUUCCAAGGCAAAUCUGCAUUACAAAUUUUUAUUUCUGAUGCUGAGAAAAUUUGUAAUGCAUUUAUACAAGUGCGAUACUUUUGCAGUUCAUAGGGCGGAAUUCGUGGCAGUAAGUAUGGACUGACGUUAUUUUCAACAUCUUGCGAUAAUUUGUGUAAUAUCUGUUUAUCUGUUGUAUGUUGCAACAACUUAUAGGCACGGUCGAAAAUGUGCUGUGCAAAUGGAAUGCAUGGAUGCACCGAGUUGAGUAAUAUGACAUACAGACCUAAACUUUACAAAAUGUUUUCCCAGCUACCUGCUCCGCGUGACUUUCGUCCCGGGGACGUUUUCUAAGCGGUACCAACGGGGCGAAGAAUUGAUUGUCGCCGCUGACAAGCUCGGGUCUACAUUCGAGUUUGUGAAUUUCGAAGACCUCCGCCUCGGCGCCUUCCCCGGCGGCCACCACGCCAGCAUUGCGGCGGACACAGCUUCUGUGUGCAGCGACCAAAGUUUACUGUUGCAAAGUAACAAUCCGCUGGGAAUCAAUCUACGCGAGCACCACCAGCCCAUGUCCCCAUUCGGGAUUAUGGCUGCUGCUGCAGUGCACAGUGGAUUCGCGACCGCGUCUCCUUUGGGAGCCGGAGCGACCAGUUCUUUCACACAGAAUUACCUUGUCGGCGGAAAUUCUUCCCCCGUGUCCUCCGUCGCCAGUUCCCGCGGGGCGAGCAGCUCGCGGUCGGCGAGUCCGCUACACGACAGCUCCUACAUGUCGGGGCGGCGCGGGUCGGUGUUCGCGCGGUCGAGGGCUGCGCCAUUGUUUGUUUGGCCAGGAUCAUCUUCAGGGACAUCAACAGCAGCGGCCUUCACUGGUGGGACGAGGGGCAGCACAACAGCCUCCGUACAACAACUCCGGACACCGACUCCCCCAGCGGGUGUCAACACCGGAACUACCUAUCAAACUUCGGAGCUCACGACCCCGCAGGCGGCGCGGGCGAAAUUUUGGAAGGCGUGUCAGAAGGCGGCCCAGUUGGCUAUUCUAGUAUGAAUUGCAAAAGUAUCGUACUCGUAUAAAUGCAUGACAAAUAAUUCCCUCGUAUAAAUGCAUGACAAAUUUUCGCGGUUCUGACCCUAGAUCUCCUGCGUCCGAAGCUGCUUGCGGCGACGGUGCAAAGGUUUUUGAUGUGGUGCAGUCGGGUAUGCGUGACAAAUAAUUCCCUCCGCAUGAAAAAUAAAAUUUGUCAUGCGGAUUUACCUUGGGAAAAAAAAUUUGCAUGAUUGCAAUUGCUACGAGUACGAUACUUUUGCCGAGGAUAGUUAGAAGAGGACAGCAACUACGGGGGAAACAGGAACGACGUCCACGCGAUCGCCCGCCACAGCAAGGACGUGGUGGAAGAGCUGCAGGAUGCGUAUGCGUUGCUGGAAAAGGUACUCACUAUUGAAGUGAUCUGGUUCCCUUGCAGUUGUGGACGGGAAAAGUCGGAGAUUGAUUUUCCGCAUGGGUGGUUGCGAUCGCUUUUUUUAUGCGAAGUCGUGCGUGACGAAAUUCAAAAUUUUGAUUUUCCCCAAAGGUUAAAGUCCGCGAGAUCCCGCUUGUCCUGGCCGGUCUCAAGUACCUCCGCGACUGGGCCCCGGACACCGAAAUCCUCGAUCCACUCGGGUCGAGUCUGCGGUUGCGGGCACGGGACGUUGCGAAGCACUUGAAGGUAUCAAAUGCAAAUAUGUCUGGGUCUGGAACAGUGCAACGUUUGUCAUGCACGUUUUGCAUGACGCGUGAGGUCUGUGAUGCAUGCCCUAGCAUCACAGAUCAUGUGAGAGCUUUACCAUGCCUUUUCCGCAUGAGAAACUGCCCUUCGGCCUUCUCAAAAGUGAACAGCUUCAUUGGGAAUCAUGCAACACAGAUUUUUGUAUGAUUCAGAUCUAGCAUGACAAGUUGUACUCUUCCAGACCCAGACAUAUUUGCAAUGCAUAGAAGGAAAGUACUCGCCGGAGGUUGCUGCUGGCGAAGGAAAUCCUCGGAUUGCCGAAAGUGUCCGAGUAUGAGUUGCAAAUAUGUCUGUGUCUGUCAGCUUGCGAGAUUUGUCAUGCUAGUCCAGCAUGCCUCUGAGCUUUGUAUUGCGUGGCCGCAAAGAGCUCCUCGUGCCUGUCAUGCAAAAACGCAGUUGUUCAUGCGGAGUACGCAACUCCGAACCACGGAAAAACUUGCCUUGCGCGGCAGCGCAUUAGAGUCUGCUCUCUAUUUCCUCUCUUGCAUCACAAGUUUCCAGACCCAGACAUGUUUGCAUUUGAUACCGAGUUCGCCGGACGAGCGGAUGCAGCAGUUGGUGAUCAUGAGGAGCUAUCAGCAUCCUCUCCACCGGGGGGACAAAUGAGCCGCACGAAAACAAGAACAUCAACCCUGUUCAUCUCGUCCCAGGAGCUGCAAGCAAAGGCGCAACAAGAAGGCCAGCCUAUCAGCCCGAAAAUGAAUCUCGGUUGUCUCCCGGUUCCCCAGUUCGGGCACAACAACAAACCCGGCUACAAACCGAACUUCAUCCCGGUGUUCAAAGGGGUUAGGUGUGACGAGAAGCAUCUGUUUGUUGAGACGUGCAAAGCAGUACAGGAAGCCCUGUGGCAGUCGAUGGACCCGGACCGGAUCAAGCAAGCUCUCACCCUAUGAGAAUGCACACCUCCUCCUCCCCCUCAUUUGUCAUGCAAAACCCAAAUCCAAGUGCUUCCCUGUGGCACUGUUUGCAUGACAAAUUUUUCACGAAGCCCAAACAGUACUACCCCAGGCGCAUGAAUUUGUCAUGCACAGGCUCUAUGUGUGCUGGUGUUUCUAUUGCUGUUCAUGCAAUACAAAUGAGGGGGAGGGGGGCUUGUGCACUGUCAUAGACCCGUGCCUGCGGUCCGAAAAACCCGAGGUUUGUCUUGAAGGCGGACAAGAGAUAUCACAGAAAAAAGUGUUAACGUUAACGGUUUUCACAGAUUGCAGUCAUGCAUCACAAAUGUAGCCCAAUAUGCAUGCUAUGCAUGACAAAUUCUGACACGUCUUGUGAUGCAUUUCUGCAUCACAAAUUCCGUUGACGUUAACACUUUUUCUUGUGACAAGAGAGAAGGAUGUUGUUUAUCGGAGUUCGUUAUCCACAGUGAAUUUGUUCCCGUACACGUACAAAUGGGGCUUCUGCAUCACAAACUUGUCUUUCAAGCUUCCUCAGCAUGACACCUGGCUUCUUCUUCUAAGUUGGUGAAAUUUGUGAUGCAUUUUGCACAUGUGCGGGACGAAAUUUGUAUUGCAUAUUCGUGUUGAAAAAGUGCGAGCGGUAUCUCGCGCAUUUGGAGCACCGCAUUGACUACUGGAAGGCACAGUUGACGAGCAAGGCCGUGAUGAGCGGGAACCGACAAUCAACGAAGUCUUCGACGGGAUCGCAGGUGGCGCAGGUUGCUGCAGCGGGUGGGAACUCCAACAACAGCAACGGGGGGAACAACAAGACCACGGAAAUAAACAAAGAAAACCAAAACAGUAAAAAUACCACGACCAACGCUGCUGUUUCAAAAACCACCAGCAACGCCCCACUGUUUUACCAGGAGCUGAUUUCCCUCGAGGAACUGUCUGAAUCUCGCUUCCUGCUGAAGCAAACCGCGUUCCGUAUCGAAUGCAAAUAUGUCUGGGUCCUCUGGAAAUAACUUGUGAUGCGGAUUGGACAUUCAUGCGGACGACGCUUCAAUUGACGGCCAACCAUGACAAGUUUUUCAAUCGCUAGGCAUUUCCUAAUAUUCUGCAUGGCAAACUGCGUUUCUACAUGACAGCACACUGGGGCCGCGCUUGGAUAACGUGCAUGACAGACUUCAAAGUCAUGGCAGACACGCAUGACAAAUCUUGGACUCUCCCAGAGGACCCAGACAUAUUUGCAAUGCAUACUCCGUUUCUUCGAGCAAAGGGAUUUCCAGGCGAACGAUAGCCCGGCCGCCGUGCCGAAGCGCGCGCACGUGCUGAAGGAGCUCUGUCAGUUUUUUCGAAAGACAUUUUUGGACAAGUUGUGGUGGAAAUUUAAGAUCGUCGUUUGUUUGCCGUUACCCCCAAACACGAAUAGUAACUCCGCACAAGCCACGUGGCUGCGGGAUUUUGCGCGGAAUCAGGCGAGGUUUUUCUACGUAUGAGAGUGCACACCUCCCCCUCCCCCUCAUUUGUCAUGCAAAAUACCAAAUCCAGGCUGCGCCUCGUGGCACUGUUUGCAUGACAAAGUUUAUACAGGGACGCCCUGCCGUCAGUUUCCCAACAUGACAAGUUUUGGUAGCCCAAAUAGCCCUACACUCCUCUGCAAAUUUGUCAUGCAAAACCGGCACUCUUGCUGACGCUUGUAUUUCCGUUGAUGCUAUGCAAAUGAGGGGGAGGGGGGGUUGUGCAGUCUCAUAGUACGUGCAAAUGGUGCAAAACGACCGGGGGGAGACGGAUGAAAGGUUUGUGAGACUCCUGGAUUACGAUGGGGAAGUGGAACAGCUGCAGACGGGUGCGACGGAUAAUAAUAACUAUCCGAAAAUCUACAUCCAGCGCAUCGUUCCGGAAGAGUGCGAAUGGCAGUAUGAGGAGAGGAAGAGAAGCGGGGGCUCGAGUGGUGCGGAGAACGGGGGAGCGGACGUGCAGUAG